UUUGAUUCUCUCUCCAAGGAUGAUGUCUAUGGGAAUAAUCGUUUGGUAAGUCCCCAUUAAUCAGUGUACAGAAGGAAGAAGGGAUGUGAGAAUGACUUGAUGGAGGUCACGUAGUGUGGGAAGACUUCAUGAUGGUGGUGAGGGUGUAAGAAAAAUCUGUGUUUGUAAGUAACAGGGGGGAGCUUCUCUGGAAACAUAAGGGAAUCUGAAACACCAGCUUCUAGCCUGUACUGAAGGGAAGAUAAGAUGGGUGUCCUGAUAGUUGCCAAGACAACAUCUCAGGUGAAGAUUAAAACGGUGCCACAUCUUCUUGACCUCAGCUGUUCCACACUUGCAGGCAGCGUGUGGUGAUUUGAUCUUAACUGAAUGCCAGGUGCCCACCAAAGCUGCUUUGUCACUCACCUCCUCAACUGGACAGGGAAGAGAAAAUACAACAAAAAGCUCAUGGGUCCAGACAAGGGAGAUCACUUAGCAGUUACCAUCACGGGCAGAACAGACUCACCUUGGGGAAAUUAGUUUAAUUUAUUACCAUUCAUAUCAGGGUAGGAUAAUGGGGACUAAAACCGAAACUUAAAAACACCUUCUCACCCCUCCCUUCUUGUAUGCUCGAAUUCUAAACUACCUACUCCCUUCGAGCAGUGCAGGGGGACAGCUAAUGGGAGUCCUGGUCAGUUCAUCACACGUUUUCUCUGCUGCUCCUUCUCACACUCUUCCCCUGCUCCAUUGUGAGGUCCCUCCCGUGGGAGACAGUUCUCCAUGAACUUCUCCACAUGAGUCCUUCUUAAGGGUUGCAGGUCUUCAUGAACUUUCUAGUGUGGGUCCCUUCCAUGGGGUGCAUUCCUUCAAGAAUGACUACUCCAGCUUGGAUCUCCCGUGGGGUCACAAGUCCUGCCAGAAAACCUGGUCCAGCGUGAGCUCUUCUCUCCAUGGGGCCACAGGUCCUGCCAGGAGCCUGCUUCAGCACAGGCUUCCCACAGGUCACAGCCUCUUCCAGGCAUCCACCUGCUCCAGUGCAGAGUUCCCCAUGGGCUACAGGUGGCUAUCUGCUCCACCAUGGACCUCCAUGGACUGCAGAGGGACAGUCUGCCACAUCAUGGGCUUCACCAUGGGCUGCAGGGGAAUCUCCGCUCCAGCGCCUGUCACCUCCUCCUUCACUGACCCUGGUGUCUGCAGAUUGCUCUCACAUAGUCUCACUCCUCUCUUCCACUGCAACUUGUGCAGAUUGUUUUUUUCCCCCUUCUUAAAUAUGUUAUCCCAGAGGCACUACCACUGCUGCUGAUGGGCUUGGCCUUGGCCAGCGGUGGGUCUGUCUUGGAGCUUGCUGGCAUUGGCUUCAUCGGACACAAUGGAAGCUUUUAGCAGCUUCUCACAGAAGCCACCUCUGUAGCCACCCCUCCCCCCAAAACCUUGCCAUGCAAACCAAACCCAUUACACGAUGGAAGCUGGAAGCUAGUUUUACUACAGGUGUCAGCAGAGAGGAAGGUCAUGCUGGACCUGGGCUGGUUCCUAUGUUGUGCUUCUGCUUGGGACAUCUGGAGCCAAUAGUAGAAGUAAGCAGUGGGGAAUGGGGAGAAGCCCAGCCCCACAGACUAAUGGUAGGACAGAGCAGCAAUAGCCUUGAUUUUUUUGCUGAAAGACCUAGUUGCUGCCGGCUCCAUCUCAUAGUCCAUGGAGAGACAUGGGCCAUCACCUUCCCAAGAUGAGUCCAGCUAGGUCAUUUGGGUUAUUUUGGGUCAUUUGCCAUUAGCAGCUAUCUUUUCGCAUUCAGGAGCCACACAAUGGGUUUCUUGUCCUGUUAGUGACCCCUAAGCUGGGGUCUUUCCUUGCUCCCUGCUGCUUGCAGCCUUGUGUUCAGCAAGGCUCUGUCCAGAGAACCAGCUUGAAGCCAAGCUGAGCAGAGCUGCGUGUCCACGGGGGGCAUUUUACACCCCCGGUUACUGCAAAUAUCCAUUUUCAUGUAUUUCUCCAUUCCUUUUCUUUAGAUCCCACACCCUGCACAGCAUCUUGUGCCCCAGAAACCAGGCACCUUCAGGCUUUACCCACAUCCUGCACCUGGUACCUCACCAUUUAGUGCCCACACCACACUGUUCCCCUCCUGACUUGGUUUCUCUUUGGUCCCUGCUGUAGUCCUGCAUCCCCCCUCCCUUGGAGAUCAGUGUGGGUAUGCUGCCCUUGACACAACAGUGGGAUGGCCGGCGUAUAGCCAGUAAUCCACAUACACUGCUAAGUGGGAAGCUCUGAAACACCUAUUUUCCUCCUUCACUCCUUCCUUUUAAGUAGCCGUAUAUGCAGCUGUAGGAGCUGUGUGCUUCUUAUCACAAUGUCCUUGUUGUUUCUGCUUGCUGUGACACAGAAAAGUACUGAAGUGGUUUGUACAUGGCAGGCUGCUGGCUGUUGAGCCAGGAUAGCUAUGUUAACUGUGGGAGGGGAAGAUGUAGCACCCCAGAGCGUGAAAGGAUGGGCAGAGUUGGUGUUCCUGUGAGGUGAGUAUUUGGGGUGGCUGGGGACACUGCUCAGUAAAGCCAGCAUUUGGCUGUGUCGCUGGAAGUAUCUCCCAGCCUUAGGCCCUUUACAGGCCUGGUGGUAUGCCCGUUUCAUGGGCUGAAAAAACACUGGGUUUUUUUUCCAGUGAAAACUGAGACCUCCUGAGGGUUACCCUCACUGUCCUAGUGCAGCAGCCAAAGGACAAGACCUCUCAGGUGAGUUGCCAGGGGCACAGGCAGCUGAAAUGACUUGGAGGAAAGGGCAGCUGGAACAACUUGUUCCCUUGCUUCUGAUGCCACCUUUCAAGUCAAGCGGCACGUCUGGGAGCCUCUGUCACAGAUGCCACAGGGUUACUACUUAACCUUCCCCAGAGUCCUUCAACUUGGUUUCUCUGUUAUUUUUCAAAGAACAUCAGUUUUCUCUCCUUAAUGCCUCUCUCUGCUGUUCCUGCAGGCCUUUGAAUUGGCAGAGCGGGAGCUGGGCAUCCCAGCCCUGCUAGAUCCCAACGACAUGGUCUCCAUGAAAGUCCCUGACUGCCUCAGCAUCAUGACUUACGUGUCUCAGUAUUACAACCAUUUCAACAACCCCAGCCAAGCAUCCCUCCGCCUAUGAAGCGCCCAGCUGCUGCCUCCUCACCUCCUCUGCUGUCCCACAAGAAGCCCGUGGCUGUGGUGGAGGGUCCCUCAGCACCGCAGGAUGAUGCCCCCUCGGACCUGUCGGAGCAGUCCCAGCGCACGACACUCAGCAGUACCUGCGCCGCCUGCCAGCAGCAUGUCCAUCUGGUCCAGCGUUACCUGGCCGAGGGCAAGCUCUACCACCGCCAGUGCUUUAGGUGUAAGGAAUGCUCCAGCACACUGCUCCCAGGGUCAUACAAGCCCGGGUCAGAGGCAGGGACCUUUGUCUGCACACAGCAUCGUGGUAAACUGGCCAUGAGUGGAAGGGUGGAGCGGAGGCCCAGCCCAGACCGACGGUCCCCAGAGCUGAGGACUGAAACUGGGGCUGGCAGCGUGGGUGAGGAUACCCUCCCCACAGGAGCAGAGGUGGGAAAGAGCGAUGGCGACUCCCUGAAGAGCGUGGCAGAGACCCAUAUGCCUGCAGAGGGGCUUGCUGGCCCUGUGGAGAAGGACAACAUGCCCAGCAAAGCAGAGACAGCGAUGGCCCCUGCUCAUGCAGGCAACGAGGCACCUGUCCCCCAAACUCCCCCCAGACCUCCCCUUCCCAGCAAGCCCACAGUGCUCAGCCAGGACAAAGCCAGCUCACUGGAUGGACGACUCAGGGAGAUGCGACCCACCCCUGCCCCAAGGAGGGCUGCGGACACGUCGGCCCUCUCCCCUCCGACCUCUCACCCAGUGCCGCGGCCCAGGUCCACUCUCCAGGGCGAGGGCAGCGAGUGUGGGCCUGCCGUCGUGAAUGGUAGGGCACCUGAACCCAGCCCCCCUGUCCCAAAACCCCGAGGGAGACCCUGCUCCUCUGAUCGUGCUGGAGCUGCUGCAAGAGCCAAGGACCCACCGUGGAUGGCCUUAGUGCAAGCAGAGCCCAAGAAGAAGCCAGCUCCCCCUCCCCCCCCGGGCAGCAGCCACGAGACUCUGAGUAGGACUUCAGAGGAGGAGGAUGGGGAGGAGGUAGGGAAAGCCAGGAGCGAGGAGAGCAGGUCUGACGCCACAGACCCCAGACCAUACAACCCCUUUGAGGAGGAGGAUGAGGAGGAAGAGGAGAGUGCUGCUGCCCAAAAGAGCACGCCUGAGCAGGAGCAGAGUGAGACUGCUGCCAAGCCUCUCCACCCCUGGUAUGGCAUCACUCCCACCAGCAGCCCAAAGGCAAAGAAGCGGCCAGCUCCACGAGCCCCCAGUGCUUCCCCACUAGCCCACCACCCCAUCUCCAGGCUGUCACACUCGGAGCCAUCGUCUUCUACUCCAUCUCCAGCCCUCAGCCUUGAGAGCAUCAACUCUGAGAGUUCAGCCAAGGUGCCGGGUGACACCGAUGAGGUCUCGGUGCCCAAAAGCUCCUCUGAACCCACUGUCCACACGCCAACAGCCACCAAGACCUCUAGCACUGACACGCCACUGGCCAGUGUCUCUUCCAGUGAAAGCCCUGCUGCCCCAGCCAGCCUCUCCACCAACUCCUCCUUCUCCUCCUCCAGCGAGCUGGCCAGCUUCAGUGGGGAGGCACAGCCCAGCACCCCACAUGCCAGCAGGAGUGUUUCCACUGGCAGCUUAAAGACCAGCCCCAGCCGGCUGCCCCCCAAGCCUCCUGCUGGGGCUAGCACUACAGCCGUCCUCUUGACUUCAGAUGGGGAUGCUGGGAGCCCCAAGACGCCUUCCUCACCCAAGCCGCAGCUGAAGUCUUCCUGCAAAGAGAACCCCUUCAACCGGAAGCCAUCACCUGCUGCCUCCCCCUCUGCAAAGAAACCUCCCAAGGGCUCCAAGCCAGUUCGUCCUCCUGCACCGGGUCAUGGCUUCCCACUGAUCAAACGCAAGGUGCAGACAGAUCAGUACAUUCCUGAGGAAGACAUCUAUGGGGAGAUGGAUGCCAUUGAGCACCAGCUGGACCAGCUGGAGCACCGUGGGGUGGCCUUGGAGGAAAAACUUCGCAGUGCUGAGAAUGACAGCCCCGAGGACAGCCUGCUGGUGGACUGGUUCAAACUCAUCCAUGAGAAGCAUGUGCUAGUGCGCCAUGAAUCGGAGCUUAUCUACAUCUUCAAGCAACAGAACCUGGAGCAGCGGCAGUCAGAUGUGGAGUAUGAACUGCGUUGCCUCCUCAACAAGCCAGAGAAGGACUGGACCGAUGAGGACCGAGGGAGGGAGAAGGUGCUGAUGCAAGAGCUGGUGACCAUCAUUGAGCAGAGGAACGCCAUUGUGAACUGCCUGGACGAGGACCGGCAGAGAGAAGAGGAGGAGGAUAAAAUGUUGGAAGCCAUGAUUAAAAGGAAAGAAUUUCACAAGGAGACGGAGACUGAAAGCAAGAAGAAAGGCAAAUUCAAGCCCAUGAAGGUGCUUAAGCUGCUGGGCAACAAGCAUGACUCCAAGAGCAAAUCGCCCAAGGAGAAAAGCUAGAGCAGGGGAACACCAGCAGUGGGAGGGAUGUGCUGCCUGACUGCCCUGGCCUCCCCACAGCUGGCCAGGAUGCCUGCCAGGAAGGGGGGCUUGUCUCCUUCCACUCCCCUCGCCUCUCCCCCAGCUCCCUCCCCAGGCACCAGAGCUGCUGCCCCAAGGAGAUGCCAGACCUCUGCCCAGAGUGGGGGAGUCCAACAAAGCACUCCCCUUCCCGAGACUGCAGAGGAACAUGACCAUCCCCUCCGUGAAGCCUUGCUAACGAGGUGGGGAGUAGACAGAUUUGCUUUUCAGAUAAUUACCCCAUUCUGUGUUCUUGUUAUUAACUGAGAAGCAAGCCAAGGAGUUUCGUGUUUGUGGGAAAACUUGCACUAACUGCCCCCCAUCCCUUCUCCCGCUCUAACUGUGACAGUUCCACGUGCCUCUGAUCUCCGCUAGGAUGGGACUGGGUCUGCCUGUCCCUCCCUGCCUACCCGCUCUUGUCCCCUUCCUGUCCCAUUUUUAAUUUCAGGAGAAAACCCUGGCAUUAGAAUCAGGAUUUUGGGUUUUACUGGCCUAAACUAAAAUGUUAAGAAAAUACUCCCGCAUCACAAGACUCUAGAGCCGUAGCCAAAAAAAUAACUGGUGCCCUAUUUAUUUUGAGCUGUCCCCUCCCUUGAGCGCCAGGGCUGGGCGGGCUCUGCAACAGGGCUGAGAGGACCCAAAGGGGACUGCGUACAGCUGCUAGGAUGUAGCUUAUGCACCUUACUCAGGACAUCUUACCCCCACUGCUGCUAAACACCACUGACUGCUGCCUUCACAGGGAGGGAGGAACGUUCGUUUUCCAGGCAAGGGCAGAAAAACUCAAGACUUGACUCAGUGCUGGCAAGGGGCACUAAGCUUGUGCCCCUGCUCACCAGUGCCACCCUUGAGCGGCUGGGGAGGGCGGCACAGUCACAACUGACCUUCACCCAGCUUCGUCUGUGUAUACUUUAAAAGUGUGCAGGGGUUGGCUGGUUAUUUUUUACACCUCCUUUACUAGAUGAAUUCAAACCCACCCUAAAAACUUUUUAAACCCCUUAUUUUAUUUGUCAUGUGUGUGUUCAUGUGUGUACAUUGGAGGAGGGAAUGGGGGAGUGGUGUUCUUCCAAGCAUCCCUUCUUCCUUCCAUUUUUGUUUCCUGCCUUAUCCUCCAAGGUGAGGAGUUAUUUAUUGAAUUGUUGGAUCAGUCUGAAUUAGUGUUUCAUGGGUGUUUGGUUGGUCAGCUGUUUGUCAUGCCUCCUCAUCAGCAAAUUAGACAUAACCAGCCCCGAGCAAUCUGCUGCAGUCCCUUCUAAAAACCUAACAGGCUUUAGCCAAAAUGCUCUCGGAGCAGUGCCUUGCAAGGUGGCUGGCAUGGUGUUUCCGGAAAGGGAUUCUCAUUUCCCAAAACCUGAGGGACCCAAGCCCCUCCUCAAUCCCAGUGUGGCCCCCGUGGCUGGGAGGUGGCAAGCCCGGCCCUGUUCUGGUGAUGCCGUCUCACUCUUGCCAUACCCCAGCAGGCUGAUGAGGAGCAGUGGUAGGGGAGGGGAGAUCCCAAGGCACAACUCUUCUCCGAGGAAAAACAAAUCCGCUUUAGAGCCUGCUGUCACGUUGCUGUUGCCAAAGGCCAUCGGGAUUGCUGCAGCCUGACACCCCUUGGCCCUGUGCCUGGUCAGAAGUUUGAUUUGUAAAUUACACUGUACUAACUCCAUGACUUCCAUUCACCUGAACAGAAAUAAAAGAAACAUUGGAUCUAAAAAACAA